CGCGCCGCGUCCGCAGCUGGUCCGCAGCACUCGCUGGCUUGGUGGCGGAGAGCGUGCUGUAUCGGCGUGCUCGUAUUGUUCUGCAAGCGUAUCUUUUCACUCAUUGGAAUUAUGGGAGACACCAGCGACAGGCUUCCGGAGAUUGAGAAGUCGAAGGACUACUCAUCGCAGAAACACGGCGGCGAGGACAAGUCUAUGGCUGUGCUCUUGGAAAAAAACCAGCAACUAGAAAAGCAGAAGGCUGAUCUGCUGGCGCUCAUCAAGAAACAAAUGAAGUUGAUUGACAUAUUGAAGAAGCAGAAGAUACACUUGGAGUCUACUAGAAUCAUCCAAUUCACAGAAGAGGAAUUGAUACACCUUUUCAGUAUGGACAAGAAGGACCAAAAUCUCUAGAACAUUGGAGUCUACACUAUAUACUGGCAGAUUCAUGUUUACCUGUGCAACAGGCAUGCAGACCAGGGACCAAGUAUUUGCAGUAGAUUACAUGUAUUGCAGAUAGGUAGCAAUAAUACUGCAUGCUGCUUUGAUGCCAAUAUUUUCAUGUAUGCUGCUGUUAGCCACCUCUACCUGCUUAUGAAUUAGGUCAGCACAUGCAAUUGCGAGAAAAAUGCAAGUCCUUAGCUGAGGCCUGGCUCAUGCCAACCCAUCAAUGUAUGGUCUACUCAUUUGAAAAGAAAGCUCCAUGGAUGGAAGUUUGAUACCACAAGUCAGAAGAGUGCAAUCAUGUGAUGAUACAAAGGCUCUUUCGUGCACUGUAGACUUGUUAAAACUUUUUGUGACAGGCACACAAAUUCCACACUGGUAUAGCAAAUGUUCUGAAAAAGUUUACAGACAUUACUAUGGUGAAAACAAAUUACAUUUGCUGAUGGCGCACGCCUGAUACUUAUAUCCAAUGUUUUUGUAACUUUAGCACUGAGAAUUUUAUCUACCAGGACAAAGAAAAACAUGCAGACUGCUGAAGUUUUCAAAUUCAUAUAAUGCAUAGUUUUAUCCAUUUCACAAACCUGAAAUUCUAAGCAGAGAAACACGUUUAAUUUGCAACGAGCAUGCAAAACAAUUGCAAUAACUAACUUGUCCCGUCCCUGCACACAUUUUCAGUGUUGCUUGGCAGGCUUGAUUAAUAUACGCAGGCCAAUGUGUGCUAAUGUAACGGUAGGCAACUUUCGUGCAGUCACAAGAGCAGUGUUUAGAUUCUUGUUUGGCAUAGCUUAGUACCUAUGAAAGGAGAACAUAAAAUAAAGAACUGAAGCAUUGAGAGAGAAAGAAAGCAGAGGAAAGGUAGGGAGGUGAACCAAUGAACUAGACGGGCAUCCAGUUUGCUACCCUACACUUGGUGUAAGGGAAAGGAGGAACAUAAGAAGGUUUAAAGGGACACUAAAGAAAAAUAUUAAGACAAGCUGAAUUGAAAAGAUGAGGUGUCUGUAAUAACAAAUUCAUAAUUCGCAGCAAGAACAGAGCUUUUGUCAGUGAGAAAAUGACAAAAAUAGAAAAGUCAGAAUGGUGCCGUCUGCUGUGAACUAUAUGGCAAUUCAAAUGCGACGUCAGCAUCGAUUGAUUCACAGAGUGACAGAGAGGGAGGUCAUGUGGAGAUUAUGUCAACUUGUCUGCUCUGGCGCGGGCAGUUCAAAUUCAAGAGCAGCAGUGGGACCUCCUGUGGCAAUAUUAUAUGCAACAAAGUGGUAUAUAUUGGCACACAGAAAACUACGAUAGACUUUCCGAUGAAUAAUGUAUCAAUCUAGCUGGACAAUGUUUUGCUUUAGUGUUCUUUUAAUCUCUCAAAGCAGCUAACAGGGAUAGUGGGUUGGCUCUGGAUUAAUUUCGGGAGCCAGAGGUUCUUUAACAUGCAGCUAAAUCUAAGCACACGAACAUUUUUUGCGUUCUGCUCUCAUUCAAAGGUGUCUGCCAUUGAUGGCAAUUGACCCUGUAAUGAAAUUAAA